CAGGCAUUAUUCCGUCAUACUCCAUUUACAGUAGGAGUUCAUUUCUGUUGGAUCUGCAUUCCUCAUGUUUUCAUCUGGACUUGGACCAAAACCCUGAUACUGUGAGUCAACAAUGAACCUUACCUCAGAUUUGUUGGACAUGAUGCUGAAGGCGUCCAACCUCUCACGAUGGCAGUUCAUCCAACAAUACUCCAUCCCACCUCUGGUGGCUGUGCCCAGGCUCCCAGAUGCCCUUCUACCAGUAUUUUGUCUACUCUAUGUGCUAAUCUUUGGGCUUGCUGUGGUUGGAAAUGGGGCUGUGCUGGUUCUUCUUUGCCGUAAGAAAGCACUGCAGUCCCCAAGCACUUUCUUCAUCUGCUCGCUGGCACUCAGUGAUCUUCUCAUUGGCAUUGUGUGUGUACCUGUGUCCCUGUUGCAACACUUUUUUACCAACUGGCUGGCAGGCAACUUCCUGUGCAAGCUGGUCCCUUUCCUCCAAGUGACUGCCAUAGCAACCAGCAUCCUGACCAUGACUUGUAUCGCUGUGGAGCGUUUUCAAGGGAUUUUGUAUCCUCUUCAUGUCCGCAACAACUACAUCCUUCACAGCUCCAUCAUAAUGCUUGUGGCUGUGUGGAUAAUCGCACUGGCAAUUGCAGCUCCCAUGUGGUUUGUGCAGAAAGUACAGGUGAAAUACGACUUCCUGUUUGAUGUUCAUCACACCAGUUGUCUGGAGGUGUGGCCAAGCCAACACUGGAGGCGGAAAUACACCUUAUGCCUAUCAGUGAUGUUUUUUUUGGUCCCAAUGGUGACCAUGGCUAUCCUGUAUGGGAAGAUCAUGAGGGAACUGUGGGGCAAACACCGCAUUCACGAGGCUGUGUUCCAAACACUGCCAGGGUCUGAGAUCAACAAGAUCACCAGGAGGAAGAGGAGAGCAGUGAAGAUGAUGGCCACCGUGGUGCUUCUGUUCGCUGCUUGCUGGGCUCCAUUUCACCUUGUAUCACUGCUGCUGGACUAUGAAAAGCUGAACCUGGACCUGGACUCAGAGUUUCUGUUGCUUAGCUUGGUGCAGAUCCUGGGCUUCAGCAACUCUGUGUGCAAUCCAGUGAUCUAUGCAGCCCUCAACACCAACUUCAAAAGGGAUUUGCUGGCGCUGCUCAUGCACAGACGGAUACCCUGUUUCCGGAGAAGGCAGACCCGAGUUGGAGUCUCCGUCACGGAACCAAGGACCACCAUGGAGAGGAUGGAGAGGAGAGUCAGAGUCCAGCCAUGGAGCAAAGUUGCCUGGGACACAGAGAACGGUGUGGCACUGGUGACAAAUGGAACGAGGUCCGAAUCAUUCAACCCCAUGAACCUGCUUGGUUCAAUUUGGCCCAGUCACAACUCAGGCACUGUCAUUCUGAACGUCACUGACCCCGUGCACAUGGAUGCUACCUACAGAUCGGAUCAGAAAACAGCAGGAAUUACGAGUGAAUAAUUCUCAAGAGGAGAUGGUGUGAAAAGCUGUCACUGCAAAAAACAACACUACAGCCAAGAGAGACAAUGGAAGUCUAACGGUCAUGCCAAAACCAAAUGUACAGAAAGCUUUAUACUUGACAGAAUUAUGUAUUUUUUAGCAGGACUGCAGUUAUAUGCACUACCCUGUAGUUUAUACAACAGUGAAUCAAGCUGUGAUGUUCAGUUUUGGCUCAGAUAAACCAUCAGUAUAUUGAGAUGCAUAUGACUAAAGAUUGCAUCUCUGACUCAUUUUUCUGUUGUGGCCAAGAAAGACAGAGAAAGCGAUAGAUAGUAAUCCCUCGCUACUUCGCGGUUCAAGUUUCCCGGCCUCAGUGCAUCGCUGAUUUUUCAAAAAUAUUCAUCAAAAAAUAAAAAUAAAAACGGUUUCCCAGGAUGCCAGACAAAGAGAGAAACUCUCUCAGAGGAUUUGAUCAUACCCAUGGGCACUCAGACAUAGCACAUGAUUGGUUCCCGGCACGAGAUCUGAGCUGAUUGGCUGCGCAUCAUCGCAUCCUCUCCCAGCAUCUUCCCUUGUUGUAUCUCGCCACUCUCGUUCACGCUGUCAACUGUGUCUCGCAUAUUGUGUUCGAAAUUAACUUUUCGUUAAGCCCUUACAAUGCCUCCUAAGUGCCAUGCCCCUGUGAAAGAUUAGCGAAAGAUCUGCGAAAGAUUAGUGAGCUCAAGAGGAAGAGGAAGAUGAUGACCAUCAGUGAAAAGGUCAAACUUAGGGCCAAUCCUACUUCACGGAUUUUCACCUAUCGCGAGGGGUUCCGAUCCCCAAGCAACUACAGCUUAAAUUUCCUCCAAUGAGAUCUGAACAGUGGUGCACAUUUUAUCAGACAUCUACACAACAGGUACUUUGUUAGACUCAGGAGAUCCAAAUGAUCUGUUUGUGUACUGUUCUUCAGUGUUCGGGAUGUCCGAGACACCAGAUACAGCUUCCUCAUUCAAACAGAACACUGCAUUCAUGUAUGAACUAAUACAUUUAGCUCCUGAUCCUCUAUGCAAAGAGACAGCAGACCUUGUACACUCUUUACCUGCUGCAUAAAGUGCCCUACAAAAGUAAUCAGUCAAUGCUGGGAUCUACUUAGGACUUAUUUUCUGAAUGCACCAAGGUACUAAUUCAUUGCAUUUCAGAAGCAGAUUUAUCCUGGUCAGGAAUAUCCGGAUCCAGGACGAUGGAGCACAAGGAAGUAUUAUGCUGUUCAUGGGUUGCCAGAUCAUCACAGAGCACCAUGCAUACAUGUUUUCACCCCAAGCACCCAGUGUGCAUAGCAGCAUUGGAGGAAGCCCACAAGCACACAGGAAGAACAUCAACACAGGAAGAAGUUCAACAUGAACUCUCGGAAUUAAAUCCUGCUGCGCUGCAGUGCCUUUUGUAAAAACAAAGGUUUUUACAAAUUUUGGAAUUUCUGAAGAAGUGUUCUCAAAACAGGGUUUUAUCGAGACCUUCAAAUGUCAAAGUCAACAGUCAUGUCUGUGAAAUUUAUAAAUAGUCUAUUGUAUUAUAUGCACCUUGUUUUAAUCUUUGUAUUGUGUUUAUGGUAAAAUAUCUGUCCUUUUUGUGCCAUCACUGUGCAAACUAAUCGUACAGUACAAGAUAGGAACCCUGAAGUACAUCAACAUUUUUAAAUGCAGAAAAAUCUUCAAUCAGACAAUAGUAGUGUUCAUAAGACUAGAUGCUGAGCAGAAUAAACAUGUCUCGUUCUCUCAGCUGUAUCGACACAGAAAACACGUAUGAUCGUGAUAAAUAUACUAAAUAAAAGCAAAGGUUUGUCAGAACUAGUAAAUAUAAAAAAUAAUGAGCACCCAGAAUUACUUUCGUUUUAUUUGGAGGAAUCCGGUUAGGAAGCUAGUUAAUGCGCACUGGUUAUAGGAUUUAUCCGCUGUGUCCACUGCCUCUUUACGUCUGUAUGGUCAAUUUCUCUAGCGAUCACGUCAGGACUGAUGUUUCUGCUCAAUGGGAAUGCACAAUGUGUUCUAAUAUAGAAAUUGAACGUCAGUCUGUUUUGUCCUUUUAUCGCUAAACAUUUUCUCUUGAAGGUCUACAGUCCACAAGAAACAAUUGCUCUGUAAUAACUCACCUGGGCUGCAAUUCUUUCAUAA